AUGUCAUGUCGCCGAAGAAGCCGUCGUUAUUCGAGUCAGUUGGACGAUCGGUUGCUAGAUGAUUAUCGUAACAACUACAGACGGUCAAGAAGUUCCAGGGCCUAUCCAACAACGAACGCAUAUGACCCGUAUUACUCGCGUCCACCAGCACAUAUCGACCAGUGGCUCCGAUUUCCCCUGGGUGAGGCCUAUCCAACAACGAACGCAUAUGACCCGUAUUACUCGCGUCCACCCAGCACAUAUCGACCAGUGGCUCCGAUUUCCCCUGGGCCCUAUCCAUGUGCGCCUGCUUAUGAUCCGUAUUAUUCAUACGCGCCCUCUACCUAUCGGCCGCCUGAAUCGGUAUAUCGCGGAUCUGUUCGAGAGGCAUAUGAACCACGCAGCGUUUCUCCGUACCCUGUUCGUAGAGCGUUGUCUAGUGAUCCCAGCAUAGAACCAGACGAGAUUUCCAGAAAUGGCAAUACGAUAUCAUACUCGCCCCAUCCACGUCCAAAGGUAGAUAUCUAUCACGAAGUUCCUGGGUAUAACAUGUACCAAUAUUAA